AUGGAGCAGCUGCAAGGCAACCCAGUUGCUCCCAUAGCAAUACCAGACGAAUUAUUGCAUAUAUGCAAUAGUGAACACACAAGCAAGAAAAAAGAGAGGUCCACUUCUAACUGUUGGGCGAGGUUUAAUACCAUUAUAGUGUGCACUUGUUUAAGUGAUAUCAUGAUAUUUGUGAUUACUACAUGUACUAUUUUGCAUUCUGCGCAUCCGACGCAGCCGCCACCUCCUUCUCUUCCUCUUCCUCUCCCUCGGUGUAGCCCCUCCACCUCCCUCCUUCGUCGACGGUGCCUGGUUCAGAUCGGGCUCAGGUCGUCUCCGCUGGGUGGACAACGGGAAGCGGUGCUUCUCCUCCACCCUCUGGCUGCCACCGUUGACGGCCAGUCUUCACGGUUGGGCUGGAGGAGCAGGGGCAGGGGAGGCCUGCGGUGGGGGAAGGAGCAGCAAGGCCAAAGCCAAGCCGGCGGCGGCCGCAGUGCUCCCGUCUCGGUGAGAAGGCCGGCCCUGGUUCGUGAACGAGCCCAACCGUUCUUCCCUCCAGUCCGUGCUCGUGGGGAUGCAGUGGAGGACCGGUUUUUCAGAGAGAGAGAGAGAGAGAUGUAUGCAAAUCCAAGAAAAACAGGAGAACAGUUUGUCAUGCGGCUGUUGAUUACAUAUGGUGAUACUGGUGCAAAGGGUGCCCUAAAAGAUGAUCAUGUUCUUGCAUCAGCGAAAUGUCAGGUUUCCACGAAAUACCCAACAAAUGCACUCAUCAAUCGUCCUGCUCUCAUUAGCUAUAUCAUUUCGAUGAAGAUUAAGAACCGUGCACAGCUAGAUGCUGCUCUGUCGUUUCUUACUAAUACAGUUUUAAGAAGCCUGUGGUGUAGGUGCUCAACAGGAGAAGCACUCAAUAGGAGAAGCAGGAGCAGCCGAGCGUUCGCCUUCUCUCCCAGUCCCCUACUCACAGAGCUUCUCAUUUUGUUUUUGUAGAUUUGGUUUCUCUGUGUCUACAGGUUGUUUGAUAAAAAUCCAAAAAGGCUGAUAUGAGAUAAUUAAUCUAUGCAAGUCAUGUGAUUUUAUUUUUCUAUAAUUUAGUUCCAGUCAAAGAUAACAAGUUGAGUAGUCCCAUUAAUUUUUUGCAAUUUAGGUAUUGAAGGAGAUCAGAAUGCUUUUAUUUGUAUUUACAUCAUGGGCUUUAUUAUAGAACAACCACAAUGGAGAAAAUUAUCUCAUAUCUUUUGGAUGAUUUGGUUUAAUUGGCUAUUACACAUGUUCAAGUACAGAAAUGAAUAAUUGCAGCUCCUUCCCGAUUAGGUCGGGUUAAAUGCUUCCCGAAUACAAAUGGUCUCAGGAAAAAGGCAAAUAUGCAAUAAUUUUGUGUUUUUUCAAAGUAAGUAGAGUGGGUUACUACUAAACCAGAGGACGGGUAGUCAUUUCUUACUUCUGUAAAUAGAAAUCCAAUUGUCUCUUAUUAUGUGUAGGCAUAAAGUUGGAUCUUGGGUGCUUUGCGAGGCCUUUCUAUGUUGUUUUCCUAUUUAUUUUAUUUAUUGUGCUUCCCUUUUUUGGACUACAAUGUACUGGGAGGUGAGGAAAUGAGAUUGAACUACGUGUUUUCUUUUCAGGUAUAUUUGAAGUUAACGAGUUUCCAAUUCCUUGUUGUUGUUAAUGAUAUGAAAGUGCAACCGUGGUUUUUGCUCCCAGCUGAUGCAUACUACUUUGCUUGCAGCUAUCAUCAGCCAUUGUUGAUGGUACUGUCCCUUUUUGAGAACCAAAGAAAUACUGAGUUUUAGCUCAGAUGUGUGUUAGGUGAUGUUUCAUGCCAUUUUUGUUCAUCGGUCUGGCAUGAUUUGGAUUGGAUCACCUGCGGAGGCAGGUUUCAUCACCUCGGACAGAGGGAGUAUAUGAUGUAAUUGACCAUUAUCACUAAGAAGUGCUCCUCGACACAAUGCUCUAUAUUAUCAUGUCUUUAGUGCAUUUUAUUGUUCCACCUGCGUAUAUAGCUACUUGAAUCUUCUAAUUGCAAACUCAAACAUUUGCAUUUUGUUCUUUGUUUCAGUUGGGCUUUUGCGUCAAUUUUAUCAGUUACAUACAUUACAAAUGAGAAAAAUAUAUUUUUAUACAGAUCCACACACUUCGCAAAAGAGUAUACAUCAACAUCGUCUGCUACCAAAAAAAGCAAAGUAAUCUCUUUUAGUUCUUGCUUCAAAUUUGUCUCGCACGCCAAAUGGCGCGACAGGUCAUCUAGUAUGAAGAAAGCAUGCAUGGAUAGGGAUCAUCCCAGUAACCUCUGCAAAGAGAGGGUGCAUUUAAGGAGAUAUCUUCCUAUAUUUAUCUGCAGCAUCGAUGAUAUCAUGGGCAGUUUUUAUUCUUGUCU